CCCUUAAAAAAAUGCAAAAUAUGUGUAGCUAUCUUAAAAAUUGUAAAUAAAUCGUAAAUAAAUAAAGGUCUGUAAACCGCGAGGCCAGAUUUUACGUAAAACUCUUUAUUUUUACAAACCAGUAAGCCUAAAAUUACAUGCCGUUCUUGAGCCUCAUCAAUUACUAAAACAUUUUUAGUGUCACAAAAAAUAGAAUGUGAAAGUUUAUUUGUUAGUUUCCUAUCAACAGAAAACUAAAUAAAAACAUGUUAGAAAAUGAUCAUUAUUAAUUGGAAUCACGUCCAUUAAGUCUAAGAAAACCGUAUAACAAAAAACACAAUUCACAAUGUUACUGUUAAUAGAAUAACAAAAAAUGAAUGUAAAAAACGAUUCUAAGUCUUUGAAUGAACUUUGCGUGGUGUGCCUCUGUGUGGGGCGGUCUCUCCGAGUUAUCACCGAAGACAAGAUCCUGAAAUACUACUUGGACGCUUUGCAAGAGAUACCUUUAAAUAGGGUAUCAUCAGUUCUGCUAGUGUGCUGGGAGUGUGAGGUGCUGCUGAAGAGGGCUGUACAGUUCAGACAGCAGGUCCAGGAUUCCCACAGGAUACUGCAAACCUACACUAAAGAGAAUUUAAACGAAUAUUUGCUGACCGAAGUAUCAAGGCCGCCGCGUUUGAAGAUCACCAAGAACGAGAUCAUCGCGAUAUCGCCGCACGUGGAUUGUUCUAGAAGACCAAAUGUUCGGGUAGAUUUUAAGGAUGAAGUCAAAAACGAAGUGAUCCAAAAUUUCAUCGGUUAUGUUGAACGCGAACAAGAAGAUGCCUUGGUAAACGUCAGGAGUGUGUCGAAGAGGAAAUCCAAACAAUGGACUCGAAAGAAAUUGAAGAGAAACAGAGAGAAAUUCUCCGAGUGCUUCCUUAAUGAAGUGUCAUAUGCAACCAGCGGCACUCGCAAUCGGAAGGACCUGCAGAGCGUGCUUGUAAAAGAUGAAGUUAAAAAUGAAAAAUCUGGCAGCGGUGAGUAUAGCGAUGUUAGGUUUGCGCCAACUAACCUAAGCAUUCUACUGGAUGGAGACAGCAACGCAUCUCUUGAGGUGAUAGAUUUAGCGAAGCUCUGCCCUUGCUGGGGCCAGUGUUAGCAAACUCUCUCAGGUUGAGCUCGUGAUGUAACAUAUCAGCCAUAUCGUAGCUUGAAUGGUCCCUUAGGUUAUCAACGAUUAAGUAGAGAAAAUAAAUAAAAAAGCUGUCUCCCUCUGUUACGUGACGCACGUUGAGACUGAGAUGGAAAAGAAAGGGAGAAGACAUUGAAGUUCGAUUAAUGCGGAAGUCACGUAGCCAACGUCGUCUCACGAUCAUUCCGAAAAACUCAGUCAGAGCGUUACGGUGUGAGUGAGAGAAAACGAUAAGAAAGAGAGAGGGAGAGUGAGAGAGAGAUGACGAAAAGAGAUGCAAAGCAAGAUGGCGAGGACGACUAAACAAGCGAUAUGUAAAAAAGAUGUCAGUUAAUUCUUAAUUAUACUAUAUCGACGGUCGUCUCCCUCAUUGUUACAUAUAGGUUAUAGCUUAUAGAU